AUGGGCUCAAGUCGUCCCAUAGUUUGCAGGUUCUCCCCACAAGAAGUAUGGGGAAGAGAGCUGGCCAGGGCGUCCAGAAGGCUGCACACCCUUCCGGUCACCCACCCCGCCACGUUCAGGCUCAGGCAUUCGAUGGAUACCCCCUCCCGCCUGUCGAGACUGUACACAAGCACCGUACCGGAACGGUUCCGAAACCUAAACCCAAUCAGCCCAGGGGCGACAGAGGUGGUGGACCUAUUCGGCCUGCAGAACAGGCCGCCCAAGGCCUCCCGCCCGAAGGGGGACCCAGGCCCACGCCUAGAACAAGCCGACCCGGAAGUGUGGUGGGAGGCUAACAGGCCGACCUCAUUCGCCAACGUCUCGUGGGACCCCAAGCACACAUGGGAAAAGGACAUACACGGGAGGGGAGCGUGCGAAAGGGUGACACACGACCCCGCGCUAGUGGAAGGCAGGGGCCAGCUUCACUGCUGGCAGAAGGGUCGGGACACGACAACUUUAAGUCCUACCACCUAUGGUCACACCGAUAGAUGCGAGGUACGCAAGGUGCCCGCCCCAUGGAGAAAGGAACCCAUCCUGGAACAAAACAACACGGAGGAAGCCAAGUGGUGGAGGAGGGGCAAAAACGCUAUGAUCCGGAUAAGGAUCGAGAAAACACUCAAAAACAUAGGGGUUGACCAGUUAAUGCACGUCAACAAAAAUGGGAUAGAGGCCAAGGGACAAGAAUCCCGGGAGGAGGACCCGGAGGACUCGGAAGUGGAGGAGGAGCUCCCGAUCGUGGAGGUCGGCAGACUGGAAUAA